AUGGGUAGCACCGCCUGCCAGCUGUGCACGCUGAGGUUGAGCGGCACCCGCACCGCCGGCGAGUAUGGCCAGGCGUCGGCAGAGGCGGCGGCUGACACUCCGGUGUGCUCACUCUGCCUCGGCACCCUGGAGGAGCGCACCCUCGACGCCGCCUGCAGGGCCGUGGCCGAGGCUGCCGUAGCGUAUGAGGUGACGCAGUUUACGCUCAACAUCCAGCUGCCGUCGAGCAUGCUCGUGCGAGAGCGCGCGGCGAAGCUCAAGCCGUCGCCCGCCGAUGCCGCCGCCGCCGCCGCCGACUCUGCCGCCGCCACCCGCGCCGACAUUGUGGACAUCAAGGAGGCGCUGCGCUGGGCUCUGAUGGAUCGGCUCGCACGCGCCACCGGGCUGGCGAGCGCCACCGACGCCGCCCUGCAGAUCAGCGUGCUGGUGCGGCGGCCGUGCGCGGAGGAGGCCAUGGCCGAUCUCGACCUGCUCCGCCCGCUGCUGCCUCCGCCGCCGCGCUCGCGGCCCAAGCGCAAGUGGGGGCGGGGUGGCGGGCGGGGCGGCGAGACGGCCGGCGGGCAGGGCGGCGAGGCCGGCGGUGGGCGCGGCGGCGAGGCGGGCGGGGCCGAGGCCGCCGACUCGAUUCGGUCUGUGCUCAAGGCGCUCUCAAGCGAGCGCGCAGACCAGCUGCUGCGCGCGUCCGCGCUCUGCCCGCCGCAGCCGCCGAGCCGGCCGAACGUGCUCUCGGUGUCGGUGGAGCACGCGGCCGUCUUUCUGGGCGGGCGCUACCUCAAGCUCUCCCGCCAAUUGCCGCAGACGGCGUGGAUCAUCGACGGCGAGAGACUGCCACCUUCACCGCCUCCACCGUCGCCGCCGCCACCCUCGCCCCCACCUCCGUCCCCGCCGCCAGCUGCCCUCCUCACGCGCGCCCUGCCCUAUGCCAACAAAAAAGGUGUGCGCAAGUGCCCCAGCUCGGUCGAGGAGAUCAUCGCCGCGCCGGUGCUGAAGGCCUUUGGCGCCGCGAGCCUCAAGUUCCACUCGGACUUUACCCGCACACACUCCUCGGCGCCCACGAGCUCGAAGCCGUCCUCCUCCUCCGCCGCCUCCUCCUCGGGCUCGCGCCCUCCCUCCGCCGGCGGCCAGCGGUACGCCGCCAACGGCCCAAUGGGCAGCGCGCUCAGCGCGCUGCGCACCGGGUGGAAGGCGGCGUCGUCGAGCGCGGCGCGCAGCGUCUGCAGCGGCGUCGGCCCGCCGCGCCUUUCGGCGGUGACGAGCGUCUCCUCCUCGAGCACCAGCUCGUGA